CUCCCACAACAACCACUGAAUCUCCCACAACAACCACAGUUGCAGCUACAACCACCACAGCUGCAGCAACAACAACCGAAGUGCUGGUCUCAACAACCAUAGCUGCUCCCACAACAACCACAGCUGAACAAACUACAACAACAGCUUCUCCCACAACAACCACUGAAUCUCCCACAACAACCACAGUUGCAGCUACAACCACCACAGCUGCAGCAACAACAACCGAAGUGCUGGUCUCAACAACCACAGCUGCUCCAACAACAACCACAGCUGCACAAACUACAACAACAGCUUCUCCCACAACAACCACAGCUGCACAAACGACAACCACAGCUUCUCCCACAACAACCACAGCUUCUCCCACAACAACCACAGCUUCUCCCACAACAACCACAGCUGCACAAAUGACAACCACAGCUUCUCCCACAACAACCACAGCUUCUCCCACAACAACCACAGCUUCUCCCACAACAUUCACAACUUCUCCCACAACAAACACAGCUUCUCACACAACAACCACAGAAUCUCCCACAACAACCACAGUUGCAGCUACAACAACAAAAGCUUCAGCAACAACAACCAAAGCUCUGACCGCAACAACCACAGCUGCUCCAACAGCAAUCACAGAUUCUCCCACAACAACCACAUCUGCACAAACUGCAACAACAGCUUCUCCCACAACAACCACAGCUUCUCUCAUAACAACCACAGCUUCUCCCACAACAACCACAGCUUCUCCCACAACAACCACAGCUUCUCCCACAACAACCACAGUUGCAGCUAAAACAACCACAGCUGCAGCAACAACAACCGAAGUGCUGGCCUCAACAACCACAGCUGCUCCAACAACAACCACAGCUGAACAAACUACAACAACAGCUUCUCCCACAACAACCACAGCUGCACAAACGGCAACCACAGCUUCUCCCACAACAACCACAGCUUCUCCCACAACAACCACAGCUUCUCCCACAACAUUCACAACUUCUCACACAACAACCACAGCUUCUAUCACAACAACCACAGAAUAUCCCACAACAACCACAGCUUCUCUCAUAACAACCACAGUUGCAGCUACAACCACCACAGCUGCAGCAACAACAACCGAAGUGCUGGCCUCAACAACCACAGCUGCACAAACUACAACAACAGCUUCUCCCACAACAACAACAGCUUCUCCCACAACAACCACAGCUUCUCCCACAACAACAACCACAGCUGCUCCAACAACAUCCACAGCUGCACAAACUGCAACAACAGCUUCUCCCACAACAACAACAGCUUCUCCCACAACAACCACAGCUUCUCUCAUAACAACCACAGCAUCUCCCACAACAACCACAGCUUCUCCCACAACAACCACAGUUGCAGCUACAACAUCCACUGCUGCAGCAACAACAACCGAAUUGCUGGCCUCAAAAACCACAGCUGCUCCAACAACAACCACAGCUGCACAAACUACAAAAACAGCUUCUCCCACAACUAUAGCUUCUCCCACAACACCCACAGCUUCUCCAACACCAACCACAGUAGCAGCGACAACAACAAGAGCUGCAGGAACAACAACCGAAGUGCUGGCCUCAACAACCACAGCUGCUCCAACAACAACCACAGCUGAACAAACUACAACAACAGCUUCUCCCACAUCAACCACAGCAUCUCCCUCAACAACCACAGCUUCUCCCACAACAACCACAGCUUCCCCCACAACAACCACAGCUCCUACCACAACAACCACAGCUUAUCCCACAACAAUCACAUUUGCAGCUACAACAACAAGAGUGGCAGCAACAACAACCGAAGUGCUGGCAUCAACAACCACAGCUGCUCCAACAACAACCACAGCUUCUCCCACAAUUACCACAGUUGAAGCUACAACAACAAAAGCUGCAGCAAUAACAACCGAAGUGAUGGCCUCAACAACAAUAGCUGCUCCAACAACAACCACAGCUUCUCCCACAACAUUCACAACUUCUCCCACAACAACCACAGCUUCUUCCACAACAACCACAGCGUCUCCCACAACAACCACAGCUGCAGCUACAACAACAAAAGCUGCAGCAACAACAAACGAAGCGCUGGCAUCAACAACCACAGCUGCACCUACUGCAACAACAGCUUCUCUCACAACAACUACAGAUGCAACAACAAUUCCUGCAACAACAACAAUGGCUUCAACAACAACAGCAGCUCCAACAACAACAGAAGCCCCAACAACAACACCAGCUGCUACUACAACAACCACAGCUGCACCAACGACAACCACAGAUUCACCUACAGCAACAACAGCUUCUCCCACUACAACCACAGCUGCACCAACAGCAACAGCAGUUCCCGUUACAACUAGAAUGGCUCCUUCAACAACAGCAGCUUCAACAACAACCCCAGCUGCUCCCACAACAACCACAGCUGCAGCAACAAUAACAGUAGCUCCACCUACAGCAACCACAGAUGCUUCCAAAUCGACCUCAGCGUCACAUUCAACAACCACUGCUGCCCCUACAGCAACAACAGCUUUUCCCACAACAACCACAGCUACACCAACGGCACCAAUAGUUAAUGUUACAACAACAAUGGCUCCAACAACCACAGCAGCUCCAACAACUACCCCUGCUGCUCCCACAACAACCACAGCUACACCAACGGCAACCACAGAAUCACCUACAGCAACAACAGCUUCUCCAACAAUAACCCCUGCUGCUCCCACAACAACCACAGCUUCAUCAACGACAACGACAGAUUCACCUACAGAAACAACAGCUUCAUCAACAACAGCCACAGUUGCACCAACGGCAACAACAGUUCCUGUCAAAACAACAAUUGCUCCAACAACAACAGCAGCUCCAUCAUCAACUCCAGCUGCUCCCACAACAACCACAGCUGCACCAACGACAACCAUUGCUCUACCUACAGCGACAACAGCCACUUCCACAUUGACCUCAGCUUCACCGUCGACAAGCACAGUUUCACCUACAGCAACAACAGCUUCUCCAACAACAACAACAGCUGCACCAACGGAAACAACAGGUCCCGUUACAACAACAAUGGCUCAAACAACAACAGCAGCUCCUACAUCAACCCCAGCUGCUCCCAAAACAACCACAGCUGAACCAACAACAACCACAACUCCAUCUGCAACAAUCACAACCACAUCAGCUCUUGUUACAACUACAGUGACUCCUACAACAACAUCAGCUUCAACAACCACAGCUGCUCCCACAACAACCACAUCUUCACAAACUACAACCACAGCUCCAGCAACAAUGACCGCAGCUGCUCCCACAACAGCCACAGCAUCAUCUUCAACAACCACAGCUGCUGCUACUGCCACCACUGCCGCCCUCACAAUGACGACAGUUUCUGCCACAACAACCACAGCUACUCACACAACAACCACAGCUGAUCAAACAACAACCCCAGCUGCUGUCACAGCAGCUACAACUGCACCAACGGCAACCACAGCUCCACCUACAGCGACAACAGCCACUUCCACAAUGACCUCAGCUUCACCUUCGACAACCACAGCUGCUGUAACUACCACAGCUACAGCUGCACCAACGUCAACUACAGCUGCUAAGACAACAACAUCUGUUUCCCCAACCACCGCAUCCACAAACCCUCCAACGUCAAAUGAAGGUGUGCUUAUUCUAAAGUUCCGGAUGGACCGUAUGUUUAUGGAAGCCUACAAAGAUUCAAAUUCCUUGGAUUACAUUACUUUGGCUUUAAAUGUCACAACUGAGUUGACUCGAGGAUACAACAAUAUAUAUCCUGUGAUCUUCCUCAGAUGCAUCAUCAUCAGUUUCUGGCCUGGAUCUGUGGGUGUGACAACCAACUUGAUCUUCACGAAUCAGUCUGUGGUCCCUAACGUUACAGAUGCAGUGGAAUCCCUCAAGACAUCCAUCAACACGUCCACAGUUUUCUUAGAUGUUAUUCCUGGCAGUAUCAAAGCUGAAAUCCGGAACUCCCCGACUAAUGCUACUACUACUGAUAAGACUAAUGAUACGACUACUCCUAUGACUAAUGCCACGACUACUGCUACGGCCACUGCUACGACCACUGCUACGACCACUGCUACGACCACUGCUAAGACCAUUGCUACGACCACUGCUACGACCACUGCUACGACCACUGCUACGACCACUGCUACAACCACUGCUACGACCAGUGCUACGACUACUGCAACCACCACGCCAGCAGCAGCCACGAAACCUACAGAGGGUUCACAUACAGGCAGCAGCGCUAUGGGAAGAAACAGACCUCAAGAAAUGGUCACUUUACUACUUGCUUUAAUGCUGAUCUAUUUCUUCUGAACAGAAUAACUCUAGGACUCAAUUAAACCCAUUGAGUAUAAGCUAUUCCACAAUAAAGGCAUAUCUAACUUCAGCUAUUAAGAUUAAGAGAUGUUAAGAAACAUGUUAAGAAACUAAGCUAACACUAGCUUAGUUAAAGUAAUUGCUUAUCAUUAUGAUUAUGUUUAAAACUGUUAGUCUAUUUUGUUUUGUACAAAAUUGACCUCAAUAGAAAAUAAAUCACUAAAUAAUGCUGGUAAUGUGAUGAAGCUAAUUCUGCUAAUGCCAGAAACUGAAUUAUUGUGUGAAUGAAAGUAAAUGUGUUGUGUUUUGAUAUUUAAUAUUUAUAUUUGUUUUAGUAUAUCGCAAUAGCUUAUGAAUAAUGUAAUAUAAUAUUAAGAAAUUAGUAUCAUAUGAUAUUAACUCAUUAUAUUAGAAAAUUAUCUUCAAAAACUUAUUCAGUAAUAUAUAUAUUUUCCUCCUUACUGUAACCCAACUAUUGGCGUACAUUGAAAUAUUUGGAAAUUACUUUGAAAACACUUGAAUAAAUAAUGCCAUACA